AUGUAUUUUAAUUUUUUAAUUUUAGGAUUCUAUAUUUUUCAAAUAAAUUCCAAAGCAGUUACCUGUGAGAUUUAGCAAUUAGAACAGAAACUGACAUGUUAUAAAUAGUAUAAUGAUUGCUAUAUUUUAGAAGGAAAUGAAGAAGAUUAUUAUAAUCUUAAAAGUAUUGAUAAAGAAAUUAUUUCAAAAUCAUUCACUCUACCUUUCACAGAUUUACCAAUCUAAAUUAAAAUAUUCAAAUCAUACAAGAAAGAUAUAAUUUAUUAGAAACUAAUAUGCUCAUUAUCUCUAAAUUUUAAAUAUUAUAUAACAUGUAUAACUUUUGAUUCGUUAAAAUAUGAAAUAAAUGAGAAUUAAUUAGAAGAGAUUAGAAUAGAGACUAAAAUAUCUUCAGAAGAGAAUUGUGAUGAAAUCUACUAACUCAAUGAUGGAAACUUUAUUAUAUUUUGUUUAACUUAAUUUAAUUUAAAAUAAUAUUUUGUAAGUAAAUUAGGUGACAUUUAUCUUUUAUAUGAAUAUGAUGUUUCAAAAUAAAUUUAAGACAAUUGCAAGAAAAAAUAGUAUAAACUCAUCGAGAAUGAUUAGUUUUUGAUUGCUUUUUUUUAAUGUUCUUAAUGGAAAAUUUUUGAAAUCAAUAAUUAGGAAUAAAGAAUAAUUAUGGAACCUGGUAUGUAAGAAUAUGAUUAUUUUCUUGUACAAUUCUCUACAAUUGAUGAUGUACAAUUUUGUUAAUAAGGAUUAUUUAUAAUAUAUCUUAUAGAAGGAUAUCAUUAUCUUCAAUUUAGUUGGUAAUAAAAUCAUUAAGAAGUAUUUCCAUUUUUGUUUAAGAGAAUUCAUUAAAUAUAAAAAUUAAUAAUGUUUUAAAUUUGCUCAAAAAUUGUUUUAAUCACAUAUUUAAAAGAGAUAAACAAGUAUUAAUUUAAUUAUUAAAAUAAAGAAAUUAUAUUAUAAGAAACUUACAAUUCUGAUAACAUUCAAUUUUUUUCAGGUUUUCUUUUUCUAUAAAAUUAAAACGAAUUAAUUAUCAUUAUAGAUGAACACCUAUAAUAAAAACAUCUAAUUUUGAAUACAACAUUAAAUUUCUUAGAAUAAGAUAAUUUAAUUUAUUAAAUUGAUAAAGUUUAAAAUAGACUAUAAUUCUAUAGAUAUUACCCACUUAGUGGAUAUAUUGAACCAAAAUAAAAAUUUUUAUAUGUUAUUAGAAGAUUUAAUGAUUUUGCUGAAAAAUCAUUUUUAAAGUGCUUUCAAAUUUUAUAUGAAAAUUCGAGGCAGAAACUUGAAUUUUAAGAUACAAUCUACAAAAAUUGUGAAGAUAAUUAGAAAACUCAACUAUCUUUUGCAUCAUUUUAAUCAACUUUAUAAAAUGAAUUUAUUUUUGAGAAUAAAAUAACUGGAUUAGUAAACGUAAGUAUUUGGAAUGAGGCAUAAUCAGAUAAUUUAUGUUACUCCAAAUUAAAAAGAUAUAAUUUCAAAAAAAAUAUUAAAUUAAGAUCUAUUAAAUCUCUAAAUUUAAUUUUUUAAGAUGAAAAUACAAUAAAUUUCUUAAAUUGUUUAGAAAAUAAUAUAUAACUAAGCAUAAAUACUUAAUAGUAUGAAGUAUUUGAAUAUUUUGGUGAUUAUUAUCUAAUUGACAAAAAUGGGAAAAAAUUAAAAGUAAUUAAAUUUAUCAAAGGGUUCUUGAAUGAAAUUUUUGAAUAAACUAAUAUUGAAAUCAUAAGAGUAGAACAAAUUUAAAUUUAACAAUAAAUAAUAAUUUAUGUUAAAAAUUAAAAGUUUCCAUUAAUAAUACAUUCUAAUUAAUUUCAAUAAAUUUAAGAGGAAUAUCUUUCUGAAAAUCUUUAUUAAUAGGAAUAAAUUCUUUAUUAUUCAUAACUAGGACCUCAUAAAUUCAUUUAAUAUCCGAAUAUUUUUGCUGUAGAAUUAAAGGGAGAGGUUAAAUGUUUUUAAUUUUCAGGGAUUUAAAUUAUAUAAAUUAUAAAUUGGAUACCAGGUCACUUUUAAGUUUUGGGAAUACAAAUUGAAACUAAUUCAUUAAUACUUUAUCACCUUGAUUACUUUGAAAUAAAUUAGAUCUUUAAUUAUACUUUAAAAGAAUAUAAUUACUCAAAUCCUUUAAAGUACAUAGUUAACAUUUAGUAUUUGGUGAUUUAAAUUAAACAAAAUUAAUCUUUUAACAUAGCUCUCUAUUCUUUUAUUAAUACUUUAAUCAAAUUGCAUGAUAUUAUUUUUAUUGAUGAUAACUAUUUUGAGUUUUACCAAAAUAAAUUAUUUUAUUUGAAAAAUAAAUAACUGAUGUAACAUUACUUAAAUGAAAUGUUGAUUAUUGUAUAAACAAAUAUGAGCAUCUAUAAACCAUUUUUUUCAUCUUAUUAAUUAAAUUUAAGGUCAAAUUAUUAAUAUGAAGAUAAUAUAAAUCUAAAGCUCACGAUUUAAAAUGAAUGUUAUCGUUUAUAUCCUAUUAAUUAUACUAUUUCUUAUCAAUUAAAGAAAGAGUAAAUAUUAUAAAUAAAUAUUUCUGAAUAUUUUUCAGGUCCAAUACAUAAUUUACAAAUUAAAAAUAACCCCUAAAUUUAAUUAGCACGACCUUUUUAAUCUGCCUUAUAAAUUAUGAAUUGCUUAAAAGAAUUAAAUUUAUGUGUUAAGCAAGUGAAAUUGUUAAAAUAAAUGGAAGAUUGGGCCAUAAAGAUUUCCUUUUCAGUGAUUUUUUAAAGAGACAAAAUAUUGGUUGCGUUUGUCUAAAAGAGUUUAUAAAAUAUUCAAAUCUAAAUAUUAUGGAUUAUAAAUAAUUAUUUUUUGUUGUUUUCUUAAUUAUAAGAAAUAUUAGAAAUUCAAUUACUUUAGUGUUUUAUAGAGGAGAAUGAAAAUUGUAAUGAAAUUUAAAAGUUAACUUUUAAAACUGAACCAAUCAUUUUUGAAGAUAUUUCCAAAACUUAAAAUUUAGUAAGAUUACAGAAUCAAUAAAAACAGAUUUAUUUAUUGGUUUAAGAUUAAACUUUUCAUGUUGUUAAUCUUCCAGAUAUGAUAUUUGAUAUUAAAUUUAUAGAAUAAUCAUUAGAUUACUUUACUGCUUUAUAAUUGUAGGAUUAUAGAUCAAAAUCUAAUGUAUUAUUAAAAAUUUAUUAAAUUAAUACAAAUAAGUAUAAUGAGAUAUUCUCAUAAUUAAUUACCAAAGAAGUUUCUACGUUAUUACCAAACUUUUUUAAGGAAAAUGAAAGUUCUAAUAAAAUUAAGUUAGUUUCAUGUAUAAUGAAUGGCAAUCUUGUAGUAGUAACUCUUUUAUUGAUGAAUAACUAGGGCUCCUUUAUAAUUAAUAUAUCAAUUGAUAUUUAGAAUGGUUCUAUAAUUCAUUAACAAUUAACAAAAUAUAUAAGGAAUCCUGUAUCAUUUUUUUAAUUAAAAGUUGAAUAUGUGGAUUUAAAUUAUUUAGUUUUCAAAUAAAUAUAAUAAAAUCGUACUUUUUUUUAUGUUCUUUAAGAAGAAAGAAUAUAUUAUGAUUAUAUUUAUCGCUUAGAUUCUCAAAUUCAAAUUAUUAGUUUUAAUACUACACAUUUUAUUUUUAUAAAUUAAUCAAUAGCAUACUUAGGAAAAAUAAAAUAUGAAAUUGAUUUAAUGAAUAAUUCAAAUGCGAGCUUUAAUUUUAUUUUAUAUGCUAAUAAUGAUGUAUCUGAAGCUGAAAUUUUAGUUCAUAUAACUUUGGAAGACAAUUAUCUAAAUUCUACUUAGAAAAUCAUUAUUGUUGAAAUAAUAAAUUUAAUUUUGAUUAUAUUAUUUAUAAGACACAAAAGAUAUAUCAAAGAUAAGAGGAGUAUGUAAAAAAAUUAAAUGUGA